GCCUCAAGUUUCAUUUGACUGAUCCAAUAGCAAGUCCAAAGAUCAACACUUUGAGAUCGAUCAAGUUCCCAUUUCUGUGGUGGAGCUCUGAAAAUGGAAACUCUGAGAGUUUCAUCUAUUCCAUCAUUACAGAUUCUAUCUAAGUUUGAGAAAACCCAAUCAAAGAAGCUAACUUUCUUGGGUUUCAAUCAAACACCCAGUUCAUCUUACUCACUAGUUCAAAGACACAAACUCACAUUUAAAACGUUCACCACCAUAUCCUCCUCAUCCUCCUCUAUUGCAGCAGAAGCUGAAACUCGUACCCAAGAUGACAAAUUUGAUUGGUAUGCCCAUUGGUACCCAUUGAUGCCAGUCUGUGACCUUGACAAGAGAGUCCCACAUGCAAAGAGAGUUCUGGGUAUUGACGUGGUGGUGUGGUGGGACAGAAAUGAGAGUACAUGGAAGGUGUUUGAUGAUGCUUGUCCUCACAGAUUGGCUCCAUUAUCUGAAGGGAGGAUUGAUCAGUGGGGAAGGUUACAGUGUGUUUAUCAUGGCUGGUGUUUUAAUGGCUCUGGUGACUGCAAGUUCAUUCCACAAGCACCUAGGGAUGGCCCUCCGGUUCACACUUCCAAGAAAGCCUGUGUCAGUGUUUAUCCAAGUACCGUGCAGAAUGGAAUGGUGUGGUUCUGGCCAAGUUCUGAUCCUCAAUACAAAGACAUUCUUGCAGAGAAAAAGCCUCCCUACAUACCGGAAAUAGAUGAUCCAUCGUAUGCCAGCUUGAUGGGAAAUAGGGAGAUACCUUAUGGGUACGAGGUCUUGAUUGAAAAUCUUAUGGACCCUGCUCAUGUUCCAUAUGCACAUUAUGGAAUAAUGCAAACUCGACAACCCAAAGAAAAGGCUGAUAGAGAAGGGGGCAGACCAUUGGACUUGUAUAUUCCCAAAUUAGACAUAAAUGGUUUCAUCGCAGAACAGAAUCCAGGUCAAAGUAGAUUUCUGCCACCAUGUGUGUUUUGUGUUUCUCUCUUUACUGGAGCUGCAUCCUCUCCUGGAAGUGAAAAGGUGAGCAAUGAGAAGGUAUCAUCACCUCAAACCGGCCAAAAGAAAGCUCUUUUAAUUUUUAUCUGUAUUCCAGUUAGUCCAGGUAAUAGCAGAUUGAUAUGGACUUUCCCUAGAAAUUUUGGCGUUUGGAUUGACAGAAUUGUUCCACGAUGGAUAUUUCAUGUUGGACAAAACCUGAUUCUGGACUCGGAUUUAUAUUUGCUUCAUAUUGAGGAACGUAGGAUAAUGGAUGCCAACCCUACCCAGUGGCAGAAAGCCUGUUUUGUACCAACAAAGUCAGAUGCGCUUGUUGUUGGUUUCCGAAAGUGGUUAAACAAGUAUGCCGGUGGUCAGGUGGAUUGGAGAGGCAAGUUCACAGGGGCUCUUCCACCAACUCCUCCUAAAGAACAGUUGUUGGACAGGUACCGGUCUCAUGUGGUGAACUGCAGCAGUUGUAAUGCUGCCCACAAAGCUCUAAGCGUGCUUGAAGUCGUAUUGCAGGUUGUCUCGUUUUCUAUACUUGGAAUUGUUGCUGCAAUAAAGCAAGGAGUACUAUCAUCAAUGGUUGUCAGAACUGCGCUAGUUGCAACAGCUCUACUAUGUUUUGCAGGAUCAAAAUGGUUGGCUCAUUUUAUCUACAAAAACUUUCACUUUCACGACUACAACCACGCCCUUGUGUGAGUUUGAUGCUUCGGCCAACUGUUUAGCAUAAGAAAACCUUCCAUACGAGGUGCAAUGUAAUUACAAUACGAUAUACUGAACGCAUGUAACCAAGCUUUGUUGAAGACAAGUAUAUGAUUAUAAGAGAAUGAUCAUGUGAAUGUGGAA